AUGGCAACCAAGCAGCCAUUGAAGACGACCUUUGACGUCGAUAAAGUUCUACGACCGAUCUUUACCGGUGGAUCGGUAUCCAUCGACAACGAUGCGCGCGUCCUAGCCACCACCAUGGGCGAGGACGCCAUCCUCACCGAGCCGGCCACCGGACGUCACCUGGGACAGAUUGAGGGCGACGGAGAGCUCAUCUCGACGCUGACGCUUACCCCCUCGGCCUCUCACAUAAUCCUGUGCUCCAGGUCCCUCUCCAUGAGGAUAUUCGCCCUCAAACGCUUGGCCGACAACUCGCUGGAACCGGUCCUCGUGCGCACCGUCAAGCCCCACGGGACGCCUGUUGUCGUGCUGGCUGUCGACCGUACCAGCACGCUCCUGGCCACGGGUGGAACGGACGGCUCUAUCAAGGUCUGGGACAUUGUCGGUGGAUACGUGACGCACACGUUCCGUGGACCGUCGGUUCUCGUCUCGGCCCUGCACUUCUUUGAGGUGGCAGAGGAUGCCGCAGCAAGCAGCCGCAAGGGUAGCAAGAAGGGAUCCCGCGGGUCCCAGAAGGAGAACGAUGGUGGCGAUGUUGAGACCAGCACAGUCAAGGGUUUCAGGCUGGUGUCUGGCAGUCAGGACGGAAAGGUGCGGGUGUGGGACCUCAACAAGCGCAAGUGCAUCGCCAACCUCGACUCGCACGUGUCGGAUGUGCAGGCCCUCGACUAUUCACCUUCCCAGCACGCCAUAGUCUCGGGAAGCAGGGAUAAGACGCUUAUCUGGUGGGAUACCAAGUCGUGGAAGAUUCGCAAGGUGGUGCCCUGCCUGGAGCUGAUCGAGGCUGCCGGCUUCGUGGACGACGGCAACCUGACCUGGUCGGCAGGCGCUAACGGGUGCUUCCGUGUCUGGGACACGGACACGGGACGCGAGCUCAGCGGCAAGCAGCCCGCCCGCAGCGAGGAAGAGGCUUUCGUCUCGGGCGUCUACCAUACCGGAAUGCCCUUUGUCCUGUGCGUCCAGGUCGACCACACGCUUGCCCUGUACCAGGUGCCCACCAAGAGUGACACCUCCCUGCACACCCAGACGGAGCCCCUGCGACGAAUUUCGGGUACCCACGAUGAGAUCAUCGACAUGUGCUACCUCCUGCCUGACCGCUCGCUCAUGGCGCUGGCCACCAACUCCGAGGACGUGCGCAUAGUGUCGGUGGCGGCGUCGCAGCAGCCCGCGGGCGAGGCCCAUGCUUGGGAACCCUCAACGACACCGCAUUUCGGCCAGGACAUGGCACUGCUCAAGGGCCACGGCGACAUUGUCAUCUCCCUCGACGUCGACUGGUCCGGCCACUGGGUGGCCACGGGCGCCAAGGACAACACGGCCAAGGUGUGGCGGGUGGACGCGGAGAACAAGUCGUACACAUGCUGGGCGUCGUUCCCAGGCCACGCCGAGUCUAUCGGAGCGGUCGGCUUCCCGAAGGGAGUGCCGCAGGAGUCGUCAGCGGCCCGCGCCGACCCUCUCAACAACCCGCCAGCCUUCCUCAUCACGGGCUCGCAGGACCAGACGAUCAAGAAGUGGGAGAUUCCGCGUCAGGCGCAGGAGAAGGGCCAGAAGAUAGGUACGCGCGCGGCCUACACGCGCAAGGCACACGACAAGGACAUCAACGCCAUCAACGUGCAGAGCUCGGGCUUGCUGUUCGCCUCGGCGUCGCAAGACAAGACGGUCAAGGUGUGGUCAGUAAAGGAGGGAGAGGUGCAGGGCAUCCUGCGCGGGCACAGGCGCGGCGUGUGGACAGUGCAGUUCUCGCCGCCGGGCAUGCCCGGCGUCCAGGGCGAGGACGGCCCGGCGACGAGCAAGGGGCUCAUCCUCACGGGCAGCGGAGACAAGACGGCCAAGCUGUGGAGCCUAUCAGACUACACAUGCAUCCGCACCUUUGAGGGCCACUCGAACAGCAUCCUCAAGGCGGCGUGGCUCGGUAUGCCCAGCGAAGGCAAGAACCGCAAGGUGCAGUUUGCCACCGCCGGCGGCGACGGGCUAGUCAAGGUGUGGGACGCCAACAGCGGCGAGGCCGAAUGCACUCUGGACAACCACGAGGACCGCGUAUGGGCUCUGGCCGUUCACCCCGAGAGCAACACGGUCGUCUCCGGCAGCGGCGACUCGACCGUCACGUUCUGGCGCGACAGCAGCACGGAGACGCAGGCUGCGGCAUCCCAGGCAGCGCUGGAACUCGUCGAACAGGAGCAGGAACUGCAGAAUCACAUCCACGCCGGCUCGUACCGCGAAGCCAUCACGCUGGCGCUGCAGCUCAACCACCCCGGCCGUCUGCUGGGCCUCUUCACGUCGGUCACGACCAAGAGCCCCCCCGACGAGGGCAGCUUGUGCGGCCUCAGGGCCGUGGACGACGUGCUCGCCUCCCUGUCGGACGACCAGCUCUUCCUCCUGCUCCUGCGUCUACGCGACUGGAACACGAAUGCCCGGACGGCCCCGGUGGCGCAGAGGAUCCUCUGGACCCUGGUACGCAGCUACCCGGCCUCCAGGUUCUCCAACCUGUCCGCCAGGGGGGUCAGGGGUCAGAAGAGCGUCCAGGACGUGCUGCACGCCCUACGCGCCUAUACGGAGAGGCACUACAAGCGCCUGGAGGAGCUGGUCGACGAGAGUUAUCUUGUCGAGUACACGCUACAGGAGAUGGAUAGUCUGGCGCCUAUCGACGACGAGGAUGAUGACCUGCGCAACGAGACACAGGAUACCAUCAUGGCUGGGUAA